AUGUUGUUCAAACUAUUAAGAAAGCUCAAAUGGAUUGAUUUGUAUGGGCAUUAGCCUAAAUUGCUUUAUAAUGGAGUUGAAUCAAAACAAACAUUGCUUGGUGCGAUAUUUACCAUAUUAUCAGUAGGUAUUCUCUUGCUCUAUGCCGGAUUUUUAGCUCAGGAUAUCGCAAAUUAAAAGAGUACAAUCAAAUCCAUUAUCAGUUAUGGUGAUUUCAGAAACAAGAGUUUGUAAGUCUCAAAAGAUUCUUAUGAAUGGGCAGUGGCGAUUGAAACACCUCUUUACUGGGAAACUCAGAAUGAAACUCAAAAUAUAUAUUAAUACCUUAGCCUAUAUGUUUUGGGAAAUGAUCCUGUAAAAAAUGAAGACAUUAAAUUAAUCCCGUGCUAAGAUUACAGAUUCUUUAACGAGACACUUUCUAAAAUUAGUAUUUACGUGACAGAUUGUGAUUAAGCAUUUCUAGAUGAAUUCUAUACAGGAUCAUACUGUGAGGAGGAUGAAGAAAAACUUGAUGAAGUCAUACAAAAUUCAUAUCUCAAGUUCAUAUACAGUAGCCGUUAUUUCGAUGUAGAAGAAUUCAAUCAAAAUCCAAUAAAAACUUUUAUUGAAAGUAAAAGCUUCUACAUCAAUAAAUCAAAUCUGAGAAUAAAUACUUUCUCUCUCUUUUUAAAUGUGGCCUAAGGAUCAAAUUCUAUUCUGCAUGAAUCGUUAGAUUAAUUCAGGUAUGAGUAUAUCCAAUCAACUGUCGAAUCUUAUACCAAUAUAGAUAGAGAAGAAGGAGAUAAUUAUAUUGAAGCAAGAAUAACUCUUUAAAACACCAUUAAUAUCAAUGAUAGAAAAACAUAUAAUUUAUUGUAACUUCUUUCAGCUACUGGUGGUUUAAUUGGAAUGCUAACCAACCUAGUAAGAGUCACAAUAAGACCCUUCCAAUAAUUCUCCUUGGAUAAGAGUAUAAUUAGAAGAAGAUAUCUUAUAGACAAGAAUUCGGAUGUAGGAAACUCAGAGAAUAUGAACAACACCUAAAAUUCAGAUAUUAAAAUGAAUCCUCCCCUAAUCGAAAGAAGCAUGUAGUUAGAAACUUUGAUCCAUCUGCUGCGGUAAAAACAAAGAUUCAAACUAUAGAUCGAAGCUUUUUAGACUUGCGAGAAAGAAAAUCACAGAAUCAUUAGAUGUUUAGUACUUAUUCAAAUGCUAAAGGGACUUAAAAAUAAUCAAGAAAAGGCUGUUUUCCUUAAAACAUAGAAAACUUAUCCCUUACUUUCAAGAAAAUUUGAUCACACACUAAACAAAGGCGGUUCAUAAUAAUGA